GGUCUCUUUAUAAGAGACAUUGCCAUAGGAGUUGCCACCACCUGCGCAGUGUGUGUUGAGGGGAAGGAUAACCUACGCGAAUGGGAUUGAGCCUGCUGCCGGAGGGUGCGACUGAGGCGCACGAGUGAAGAAACGAAUGGGAUUGUUUUGGAUAAAGAAAGUAAAGAGCGUGGCCCGGGGCAGACAAAGCUACACAAGGACGGAUGGCAGAAUCAGACAAAGGAAAGCGGGCAGAGGAUGGGGAGACGAAAGGCGGACGGGUGGUUUUAUGGAGCCACAGAUUACGCGAGGAAAGAGCGACUCUGAAACAGAUGACAAGUGCGGUUUUGAUGACGUUCGGGUGAAGGAGCUAUUUUACGAGCAUUCACCGGCCGCACCAAUCUCAUUGCAAGACGAGGCCAAUUUCCCCAACUGUGCACACGACCAAGGCAACAAAGCGGCUCCUCAAGGAAGCCAACCAAGGACAAUGGGGCACAAAGGGCAUGCCCCCUCUGUUUACAUUCUGCGAGGGGCGCCAACAGUGGCGGCUCCUGCCAACAGCAGAAUUCCACGGCAAGCAUCUCAGCAACCAGCAUACGCCACUAAUGGCGGAACCCCAGCGGCGCGCACUAAUCCAGCUUUUGAGCUCGCACUCCGGCGGUGUUGAAAUUCGACGUUUGAUGGAGGCGACCGUAGGUUACGGCAGGCAGGUGCUGAUUGGUUGUUGCGUUGGCGGGGAAAGAUCGACGCCAGGUUGCCGUUGGGUUUUCGGGAAGCUGCGGGGCGUUUGCUGGGCCUUGGCAGGGAAGGAACCGCCGCCGCGCCUCAGCUAAAUGCAGAGGUCAUCCUUCAUCUCAAUCUCGGCCACCACCCG